UGAAUCAUCCGGUCGCCCGACGAGGAGGGGAGUGGCUUGCCGGGACAGGCAAGGGGACUAUAUAAGCCCCAGAGGGCUGGCGCAGCUCUGAUCUCUUCCACCGGUUCGUGCGUCUGCCAGAAGAGCGGGGAACCCACCAUGUCCCAGGCUGGUGCUCAGGAGGCGCCCAUCAAGAAGAAGCGCCCCCCAGUGAAGGAGGAAGAUCUGAAGGGGGCCCGUGGAAACCUAGCCAAGAACCAGGAGAUCAAGUCCAAGACCUAUCAGGUCAUGCGGGAGUGUGAACGAGCCGGCUCCACCGCCCCGUCCGUGUUCAGCGGCAACCGGACCGGCACUGAGACCGUCUUCGAGAAGCCCAAAGCCGGACCUGCCAAGAGCAUCUUUGGCUGAGACGUGCACCCCAUUCCCCUUGCCGCUGCCAACUCCCAGACGCAGGAGCCUUCCCCCAAAACUUUUUUAUGCCAGAAUGCACCCUCUCACCUGCUGCCCGUGGGACAGCCACCCGCCCCUCACAGCCCUGGCCCCUCGGCUCAGGGACUCUGCACCAGCACCCGGGGAACACCAAUAAAGAGCAUGCCCACGCGGCCCCAGCAUGUGGAGCCUGUUAGUUGGUCACCGGCCAUGGCCACUAAGUGUAGGGGAGGGGCAGGCAGGUUAGGGUGUGAGGCAUGUUCCUCACCCUUCGUGGGCUUUUGGGAGGUCCCAGAGGGUAAGGCAGGUGCUAUUAUGGCUACUGCCACGUGCGAGAAAGAGCCUUGGACGUGGAGACCUGGUGCUGAGCUCCUGUGUGACUUCAAACCAGUCUCUCCCUUUCUGAGCCUCGGUUUCCCCUCCUGUCUGACAAGGGCCACAGGAACACGGCUCAGGGUGAAGCAGGUGGGGACCCGAGGCUCACCCCUCUGCCUGCCUUCGGCAGAAGCCAUCAAGAUGCUUCCAAGGACUCCAAGGCCCUGCCAGACCAGGGACCUCCAAGCCCCUUCCCCCCACACCCCUGUUUGCACUACCUCCUUGCCAGCUCAUACCCCUCAAAGACAAAGCCAAAGCCAGAUCGAGGCCCCUCUCUGGCCAGUGGUAGGCCGCCUCCUGAGCUGUUGUCCCACAGCCAGGGUGAGCCUCCCCCUUGCCACUCCCACAGCUCUGCCUGCAUCAUGGGAACUCCAGGCCCUUGGCUCACAAGGCCUCAGUGUCCCCUGUGUGCAUGGAGCUGUCAGAUCUGGGCCUGCGGAGGCCCAUCCCCCUCUGACGGCAAAACCACGGGCAGAGUCCCAGGCUGGACCAGCAGGGCUGGGCCUUGCGGCACCCGACUCAGGGCCGCCGUUGGCAGGGAAGCUGGCCGGUCCCCUGGGCAGGUGGGGCUGGCUGCUUCGAGCCUUUCCCACGUUCUCAGCCAGCCCGACCUCCUUAUAUAGCUGCUUCUAGGCUGGGCCUGUGCUCUGUGCCCCCAAGGAGCAGACCUCCGGUGGGACGGGGCCUGGGCCUGCCCACUGUGCUCCCCGAGGAGGCUCUUUGCAGAUUGCCGAAGGGGUGUGAAGCCCCAUGUGAUCCCAACCUUAUUCAGAGCCAAAGGGCAAGCAGUAUAGACGUGCAUAGAGAUGCUCCCGGCUGCAGGUGUGCUAAGGCAGGGGAACAUUUACUCGCAGCCAGAGACACAGCACCCGAGUCUCUGCUGCCCUUUCCCCCGGGCUGGAUGCUGCUGGCCUUGAUGGAGGAGACCCCCGGCGGCCAGUCACUGCCUCAGAUCCUUGUGUGGGCCCCCAACAUGGCUGCUCCCCACCCCAACCAGUGUCACCAAGCCAUCCUCCUUCCUCGACCCAGGGUUUGGCACCUGGCCACACUGCUGAAGCAACUCGACCUUAUCCGUGGCCAGACCCAGGAGCUGGGCUUUCCCAGAACCGCCAGGGACACAAGCACCAGUUUCAUCCAGAUCCCUCAGUAUUUAUUCACUUCGUUGCUGUUUGUUACAAAGGCAUUUCAAGUUUAUUAAAGGAUAAUUGAGAACUCAAGUUACCGGUAAUCCUAGCCCAGGCCGUCCGGUGCACUCCCCCUGGUCUGGCUCCGGACAGUGGCACUGCCUUGGCAUGCUGCUGCCUCCACAUUCUCACGCUGGCCGUGACUCACGGGCUCCCUCGGCAUGACUGACCCCUGUGGGCCGCCGAGUGCACACACCACCACACCGUUCGUUCCAUGCUUUCCUCUCAAUAAAUUCCCUGGAGGGAGACCUCUGGGCCUCAAGGUGUGGGCAUCUUUAUGGCUCUCGGUUGGAAUUGCCAAAGUGCGGGUCUCGUUCUGGGGGACUUGCUGGAGCUGAACCAAGAGCCCUAGCUAGAUUGAUGGGGCCCGACAGCAGCCUGGGACCCAAAGGCAGAGGACUCCUGGGCCCAGUCCCUGUCACCCCAGAAACAAGGGUUCUCCAUCCUGCCCCGACCCCAGCAGAUCUUGCCCCAGUCAGACACCCCAGUGGCUGCUCAGUUCAGGCUCCCACUGCCCCCUCCCGGAAGCCACUCCCUAGCCCCCUUGGUCUGGGCUAUCCCUGUUUCUCCCAGGCUGGGCUUAACGGAGAGCAGGCUGGUUCACUGUUGUGUCUCCCAGACCUAGGGAGCCCGCCAGUGGAAGGGCUGGUGCGAGGGGUUGGUAGCGGCCUGGGAUGAUUCUGGACUUUUCAGAGGGAGUGCCAUACUCACUUCCCACCUGAGC